AUGGAAAGGAAAAUGAACUUAAGAAAUGGAAAACAGUAUUUAGAACAAGGAAGAGAACAAUCAGAUGGAAAUGUGACAGGGGAUGAAUUGGAAGAACAGGAGGAUAGGAGACCACAAAGAAACAAUAAUGAUCAAUUAAUGGAAUUUUUGAUUAGUAUGAGGGGAGAAAUUAAACAAGAUAUGAAUAAUAUGAUGGGAGAUUUUAAUGAAAAGAUGGAUAAUAUUAAUGAAAAUAUGAAUAGAUUAGUGAGGAAAAUUGAAGAGGUUAAAAUUGAAGGUUUGAAGGAAAUUAAGAAACUUAGACAAGAAAAUGAAGAUUUUAAAAAAAGAAUUGAUAAGGUGCAAGAAAAUGGGAUCAAAAUCAGAGAAGAAAUUGAAAAAAAGGUAGUGGAAGAGGUUCAAGCAUUAGGAAAAUGCAUAGAAGAAAAUUUACCAGAAACAAUACUAAUGGAAGUUACAAGACAAAAUGAAGAAGCCAAUUUUCGAGAAUGGUUGUAUUUCGGAAAAUUUGACUACAAUAAAAAUAAAAAUUUAAAUUCUUAUGCUAUGCAACUUUAUAAUAUAGCACAAUAUCUAGAACCAGCAAUGAAGGAGGAAGAAUUAGUUUUAUAUGUAGGAAGACAUUUUAAUGCUGAGAUGUCUGAAACGAUAGUUCUACAUAAUAUAAAGACUAUGGAUAAUAUGUCAAGUUAUUUACAAAGAGUUGAAAGGAGUAUACAAAAUGGAAACGGAAUUAAUAGAUAUCAAAGUGAAAAUAGAUAUGAAGAUAUACGAAAUGAUAGACAGGGUGAAAAUGGAAAUGGAAUUUUUAGAACAGAUCAUUACGAUAGAUAUGGAAAUACAAAUUAUGGAAACAGGAAUUUCGAAAACAGAAGAUAUCAAGGAAAUGUGGACAGGAAUUUUGGAAAUGGAGACAGAGGAAGAUAUAAUGGACAGAAUAAUUUCAGGAAUAGUAGUCACACAAACAGGGAUGAUUUCAAUAGACAAUAUGACAGGGGAGUUUAUAAUGGAAAUAGAGGUAGGAAUUUGCAGCAACAAGAUAGGGGUAAUUUCAGAAGAGAUGAGUACAAUUUUUAUAGGGAUCAAAGAUCUGAUAAUAUCAGGGAUAAUAAUGCCAACAGUUCAAAUGAAAGGGAAAGUGUGAGACAAGUGGAUAUCACAGCCAAAUUAAAAGAUCCCAAUCUAAAAUUACAAGGAGAGGAAACCCAUCCUAUGUUUUGGUAG